AGCUGCAUAGAAACAGGACGAAGAAGAAGUGAACAGAGGAGGCAGCAACAGGACUGGAGUUAAGCCUACAGUCUCAGCUUCAUGCUUCGUCCUGGGCUCCUCUCCUCCUCCUGCCCGCCGCUGAUAAUACCUUAAUAUUAUUAUUUAUUAUUUUCAAUAUUGUAUAUUUAAGAAAAACAUGGAGAAAGACAGAAGCGGAGGGAGAAAGAAGGUGACCCAAGUCUCGGAGCUGUAUUGCCUGGAGUCGGACAUAACCGUGAAAGCUCUGCCUGACCCGCACAUCCUCCAUGAUGACAGAGUGUUGCAAAGUUUAUUAACAAUCGAGGAUAGGUUUUUACCUCAGUGCUCGUACUUUCAGCGGGUCCAGAAGGACAUUCAACCCUAUAUGAGACGAAUAGUUGCAGGCUGGAUGCACGAGGUUUGUGAAUUGGAGAGGUGCUGUGAGGACGUCUUCCCCUUAUCAAUUAAUUAUUUGGACAGGUUUUUAGCAGUAAUGCCCACUCGGAAAAGCUUUCUGCAGCUUCUGGCGGCUGUGUGCAUGUUCCUGGCCUCCAAGCUAAAAGACAGCAGGCCACUGUCAGCAGAAAAACUCUGCAUGUACACAGACAACUCUAUCACACUACAGGAUCUGCUGAACUGGGAACUGGUGGUGCUGGGAAAAUUGAAGUGGAACAUGGCCUCAGUCAUUCCAAAUGAUUUCAUAGAGCACAUCAUACGCAGGCUUCCCCUUCCCAAAGACAAUGUGGUGACGAUCCGCAAACACACCCUGACAUUCAUCGCCCUCUGUGCCACAGAUGACCGCCUCGCCAUGAACCCUCCUUCCAUGAUCGCCUCUGGCAGUAUGGGAGCUGCUGUAUGUGGCCUAAAGUUGGAGCAGGUCGACCCCAGUCUCAGUCAAGAAGGUCUCACAGAUCUGCUGGCCAAAAUCACAAACACAGAGGUGGACUGUUUGAGGGCCUGCCAGGAGCAAAUCGAGCGUGUUCUGGCCAGCAGCCUGCAGCAGGGUCAGCAGCAUCGUCAGGAGAACGGCAUCAGUGCUGGAAACAAAGCCAUGGAGCAGCAGGACCAGUCCAGCACCCCCACAGAUGUACGUGAUGUCAACUUAUGAGCUGCCAUCGCCAACACACACAGUUCACACCUGCCUGCCGGUGAAGUAAGCAGAGUGAGUGAGCGAGCGAGGAGCUGCCAGUAUCUACAUGAAUUCACCGCCACAGUGACGGUGUGACAAUCUCUGAACUUUGUAGGAAAUAGUUACGUUUUUUAGUUUUUCCUCAUUAAGCGCCCCCUUCAGUGCCCGGCUGGGUUUACGUUCACCUUUUUUUAUAUGGGCCACAUAAAAUCAAACCAGUUAUUUAAACAAAGAAAAGUUUAAAAAAAAAAUUAAUUUCUUGAAAACUUGAUAGUGCCUAAGGUUUAACCAGAAUGAAAACCUAAAUAUAUUUUCUUACUUGAAAAAAAAAAAAUAUAUCGUAAUAUGCAAUAUGCUUAUUUCUUUUGAUACAACCUAGUAAAAAUAGAUAUGAUAAAUAAUGUAUAUUCAGCGAGCAUUUAGUUCUAUUACUCUAGUUCUAUCGUUUUAAGCAGACAGUUAUCCAGUCACAGUUUUGUCUGGGGUCUCGGUUCCUCAUCUGAGAGUCUGUGGGAAUGAUUGGAAUGCUGACAACACAGUACAUGGCAUUUAAAGAAGCAGGUAUACAGUUUAAGGAGUGGGUAGCUGCUCUCUCUGAUUAUCAUACUGGGUGCACCUGUAGCACUGCUGAUUAUUUAUGCUGAAGAGUGCUGGCCAGGAGCGGGCUGGGCCUGCUCACACAGGAAGUACGUUGGGCGGGAAAGGAACAGUGGGUGUGAUAUAAUAAAAAAUAUUAAGGUUUUUUUUUAUAUAUAUGAAUAUGAAGAGCUGUCACUUUGAAUACAAGGUUUGAAAAAAUGUCUGUGACCAUGGGUGACAGCUUCAUUAAAGCAAACUCUGGAGCUUAAAGUUCUGUUUUGCUGAUCAAACCAAAUGGCCACGUUGAUCCAGUCGCAGAAAGAUACGAAACAAAAGCAUCUGGAAAGUGUCAAAUUUUGGAUUCAAGAAUUUCUUCAGAACCUCAAACAUAGGUAGUGAAAUUCUCAAGAACCUGAAACACACCACUUUGUUAUUACGUCGCAGUUUAGGGGUUUGUAAUCCCUCUGUGCCUGCUCACAUUGUUCCCUGACAUUCCAAAGGAAGAAAGUAACUAAAAGUACAUCCUUCACUCUCCAUCUAACUUCCUGUUCAUGUGAACUGAUGGGAUGUGUGACACACUACACAACUGAAUAUCUUAAGGUCUAGUGGGUCACAUACAUUUUCUUCAAACUUUUUCUUUUUAAUUGACAGCCCUUUUAUAGCAAAGGCAAAUGUCAGAGAGUUAACAGGAGACAAGGUCAGUUAUUAAAUAUCUUGAUUUCACUGCUGAAGCCACCAGUAUGUUAACAGAACCAGGAAAUAGGAUUUUAAGGUUUCAGAUAGGCUACAUUUUUUAAUUUCCUGACGUCGGUGUUGCUCCUAAACUUUUGGCACAGCAAUGACAGCAGUUGAGUAUGAAAUGAAAAUUGAGCAAAACGCAGGUAAAGAUGUGUAGUUAAGUUCAUUUUGCCAGUAAAGAAAAGGUUUGUCAAGUUUUUGGAGGUUUGGGAGAAAUGAGUGAUGAUGGAGAGGAUUCUUAUGUGGGAUUUUGAAAGUGAUACGCAUGUUGAAAAGUGUGGAGAUGAACUGAUUGUUGGUAGUAAAGAAGCGAGGAAAUGAACUUAAGCUAUUUAAUGUUUUGUGAUACUUGAGUGAUACACACAGAAGGGGGAUUGACUAAAAAUAAAAAAAAUAAUUUCUACUAUAUUGAUCCCAUAUUUGGGAAAUUGUUGCGUCAGCAGCAGAUAUGCUGUUAAUGGUUGGUCUUCAGAUUAGUUGGGGUUCGCCACGGUUCCUCCUGAUAACAAUUUGUUUUUGCCAUUUAAAUUUUUACAUGGAGUGGGCGACGUUAACACAAUAUUGAUGCACUUUGAAAAACACACUCCUUACGGUAAGGGGAUGGUUGUUAGGGGAGGAUACAGUAGGAUGGUAGGUUCAUUAUAUUUUUCUUUUAAUUUUAGACUUUCUUUAAAUUAUUUGAUUUGUUUUUUUUUUCCUGGGCUGGAUUCCCACGGGGUAACACAUGUUAUCUUGAAAGCUAUGCCUCGACAGGUGAGUAGACGUAGGAAAAUCAGUUAUAGUUUAGUGUAGUAACUAAAGAAUGCCAAGUCACAUGUAGACUUUUCUUUUCUUUUUUUUCUGUGCUUUAUUUACUUGAAAUCUUUUGUUAAUUCAAUACCAAAACUUUCCAAUUAUUUUGUCAAUAUUAUUUCUACACAUGUACUGUGUUCAAAGUCUUCAUGGAAACUGCUCUCUGAACAGAAACAGAAAAUAAAAUUGCCAUUUUUGUGACCUUCUCUCAUACAGUAUAUAGACUUGGGUAAAAAGGGGUUUACAUAGUGUGAAAGUUUGUAUAUGUAUAUAAAACCAUUUUGCCCAAGAGCAAAAAGUGCCACAAAAAUCCUCAUACUUUCGAAUAAAAAUUUUGUUUUUUUCAGAAUGUGUUCACGCAUGUUCGUUGUGCAAAAACCAAAUAUUUUUUUCCUUUAAAAAAAAAACAAAAAAAGAAGAAAGAUGCUUUAAACUGAAAAAAAAGUUCAUGCUAUUAAAUGUUUUGUGUAUAAUUUGUAAUUCCAAAGUGACAAACAUAGAUUAUACACAUAAGUCUCUUGCUGCUAUGGAGCUUUUUUUUUUCUUCUUCUUGUCUUACACAAAGUUGCCUUAUUGUGAUUCACUUGUGUGCUGCUAUAUUAUAAAUUUUGUAUAUGUCGUCUUCGCUUCUCUGUUGUAUGUGUACUGGAGGGGAUGUAACAGUUUGGUGUGGGACUGGAAGUACUUGUGUUUGCCGAUCUAUUUUGAUUAGCAUGUUUUUAUUCCUCUAUUGUUAUUUUGAUUUUUUUUUUCAGUUUGUUUCUUUAUACUCUAUCAUAUUCUUGCUGCUUCUUUGUAAUGUUUGUGUACCUCAGGUUAAUUUGGAUGCAUAGAGCGAGAGCCCAUCUCAUCAUUACCUCAUCACACUUCAUAGCACACGUGUACACACACACACACACACACACACUUUCUAUAAUUUUUGGACGGGUUUCACUUUUUUCUGUUUGGAUGAGAGAACGUACAAGUUAGAAUAUAAAACAUGUUAACCAGAUUUUAUUGAAGUGUUAAAAUGCCUAGACUUUCAAAUAGUUUGUUCUAUGUACUGGGUGGCAAGACACCAUGUGUUAUUGCAUGUUUAUCAGUACUACAGUGACAUCUUUUUUCUUUCCUGGAGGGUCAAGAUCCUUUCAUUGGAAUGAAGUGGAAUGUCAUUCAUUUUGGAGGUCCCGUUCAAAAUUUAAGCCACAAGAAUGUUUUGCCGUUGUUCGGUGUGGUCAUGUUUCCAAACUUGUUUUCCACUGUCCCUGUGUGCCAUCACACAGGGUACCUCAUCAAUUUCUCCUCAAUAAAUUGGCUAAAAUCACA